AUGUCCCAGUUUCUCUCCUACUUGCCACCCUUUGAAGGGUACUUGCCCAAGUGGCUUUUCCUGGUCUCCAUCGUCUCCAUCGCCAACAGCUUCCAAGCCUACCGCUCAGUUGACUACGCAAACGACCUCUACAACGGUCGAACGGCCACGGGCGCCGCGCCCUCCAAUCCCCUCUCAGCACGCACCUUCGGAACCUGGACCUUCAUCACCGGCAUUGUGCGGUUAUACGCUGCGUACAAUAUAACGACACCGGCCGUAUACGAUCUCGCUGCGUGGUCGUUUGGGGUUGCACUGGCGCAUUUCGUGGGCGAGUGGUUGGGACAUGGGACUGCGCAGUUGAAGGGGAGGUUCAUCAGUCCGCUGAUCGUGGCAUCGGGGACGUUGACGUGGAUGUUGACGCAGAGGGAGGCGUAUUUGUCCGCGUGA